CCCCAGCAGACAGAAGAGCAGCAUGAGGCCUGAGAACCAGAGCAGCGUGUCCCAGUUCCUCCUCCUGGGGCUCCCCAUCCCGCCAGGGCAGCAGGGCGUGUUCUUCACCCUGUUCCUGGGCAUGUACCUGACCACGGUGCUGGGCAACCUGCUCAUCAUCCUGCUCAUCAGGCUGGACUCUCGCCUGCACACGCCCAUGUACUUCUUCCUCAGCCACUUGGCCUUCUCUGAUGUCUCCUUCUCAUCUGUCACUGUCCCUAAGAUGCUCAUGAACAUGCAGGCUCAGCACCUUCACAUUUCCUACCCAGGGUGUAUUUCACAGAUGUAUUUUUAUAUACUUUUUGGUUGUGUUGAUAAUCUCCUUCUGGCAGUGAUGGCAUAUGACAGGUACGUGGCCAUUUGUCACCCUCUACACUACACCAUCAUCAUGAGGGAGGGGCUAUGUGUGCUAUUGGUGGCUGGCUCCUGGAUUCUCUCCUGUAGCAGUGCCCUGUUGCACACCCUCCUCUUGGUCCGGCUAUCCUUCUGUGCUGACAACGUCAUUCCGCACUUUUUCUGUAGCCUCCCUAUUCUACUCAAGCUGUCUUGUUCAAACACCUCUGUCAAUGAGCUGGUCAUAUUCACCGCAGGGGCUGUAGUUGUCAUUUUUCCAUUGAGUGGCAUCCUGACCUCCUAUGGCCACAUUGCAGCCUCCAUCCUGAGGGUCCCCUCUACCAAAGGGAUCUGCAAAGCCUUGUCCACCUGUGGCUCCCAUCUGUGUGUGGUGUCUCUCUUCUAUGGAACAAUUGUGGUUCUGUACUUUUCCUCCUCGUCAAACAACUCCAAUGACAAAGACAUGAUUGCCUCUCUGAUGUAUACAGUGGUGACCCCCAUGCUGAACCCCUUCAUCUAUAGCCUGAGAAACAAAGACAUGAAAUUGGCUCUGGGGAUUCUUUUCAGAAACAGUGUCCUUGUUGCCAAGUGA